AUGGCUAAAGAGAGAGCGGAAAAAAAGAAGGCCGAAAAGGCCGCUGAGAAGAAGGUCUCCGAGGACAAAGUGAAGAAGCACAAGAAGGAUAAGCCCGAAAAGAAGUCGAAAAGAGUCGAAUCUUCGGACGUCUCCGAUAGCGAACCUUCCCAAUUGCAGGAUCUAGGAUUUCCAGAAUUAGAGAAUGCAAUUAAGAGACAAAAGAAAGAGAAAAAGUCACCCAAGGUGGUAACACAGUCCAUUUCCGCCCCCAAGAAGCAACAAGAAGAGUCCGAUUCCGAUUCCGAUUCCGAUUCUAGCAAUGAGAGCGCCGCACCUCUCUUCGCAAUUGACACGAACCCCACCCCCGUUGACCUUAACGCUAUCCCCGCCCAGGCAGAUGCCCCAGCAGAUUAUUACCCGCCUGGCACACAGCCACCCCCCAGCGGUCUCAAACGAAAAGUUCGCCGUCGCAUACAAUUGAUCGAGAAGCAGCGUCCGAAGAUCCAGCAAGAGAUCGCUAAGAAGUAUCCAGAGCUUAGCGACGCCGACAAGGAGGAAAAGGUGCAGCAAGCCUUGGAAAAGUGGACACAGAACUUUGACGACAAGGCGGCCGUUCGCGAAGCGAAGAAGCGCGAGCGCAAGGAGAAGGAGGCUAGACGCAUCAAGAACAAGAAGGGCAAAGUACUUACGGGGCGCCGCCUCAAGGAGCGCACGAAGCAACUGAACAAGAUGGAGAAAAAGGUUUCGAGGAAAGAGUCAGGCAUUAGUGCAUAG